AUGGGGCUUGAAGGGGCCGCCUGGCACUGUAGCGCGCCGUGCGCACAAGCGAUUGCAGGUAGUGGCCUCGCACAGCCCUCCACGUGCACGUGCUGCAGUGUUCAGGACUUGGUGGAAUGGUUGGGCGACUACGCGAAGGAUGCGCCACAUGGCUGGGGGCGGACUUGCAAGCUUGGUUGCGUGGGCCGCGUGGAUGCACAGGACAGCCUGGAACACUACUGCCGGUGCCAGGUUUUCUGGCAGUGGGCGCUGGCCUCGUGGCCUCGUGGCCUCGGCGUGGCACCUGGGCUGCGCUCUCGCGAAGCCUUCGUCCUGCUUGCUGACGGCAUGUCUAACCAGGAGAUCAUUCGCAUGAGUCCGGGUCUUUACGCCAUCUUCCGCACCGUCUCCGGGGGCGGGGUGCAGGCGCGUGGUGUCCAAGACGCGGGUUCCUUACUGUGCCAGUGGCGAUGCAGAGCUGACGAGUCAAUUGUUUUACUUCGUCGACGUCUUCUCUCCGGUACGGCGACUACUUUCUCAUCCCUAUGCGCGUCAUGCUCUUCUUCGCGGGGCAGCGGUGUACUUCAUUUUCGGCGAGGGCCUCGUGCGACCGUCUCUCCUCCCUCUUCCUCCUCCUCCUUUCCUCCUUCCCCCCCCCCCGCGUGGCCGUCCAAACCGUUGCGGCGAAAUCUUGUUGAAGCUAGGGCAAGGUUCCCGCUCCGGGCACCAGCAUGUGGCGGCAUCGUGGUAUCACUGGCACUCCCAGAAGUUGUAUUGUCCACAGGAGUCGUUUUCCUGUGGUAUAACCGCUCGCAUUUCCGCCCCGCAGCACGGCUGGUUCGUCCUCUUUGUCUUGUCUUUCUGCCUCUUUAUCGUCUUGUUCCCCUCGUUGCGUGUCGCCUCCUUGGCUCUUGUUCCUGGCGUUGUCGCUUCUGGGCUUUUCGUCUUGUCCCCCCUCGUCCUCCUUGUUCCUCUCUUCCUGUCUUCGUCCGGCGAGCUCGGCCUUGUUCCGCGGAGAGGCCGGUGCAACCAAAAUGUACACAAUGGCCCCGACAUGCUCAUAGAUUUUUUAGAAAUAUUGUCGCGCCGCCAAAGGGGCCACUGACAUAUUCUUAUCUUUUUAAAGUGUGUCGCGUGGUGGGGCGCGCCAGGGUGCGCGCGUGCGGACUCUAG